AUGUCCGAUCAAGUAAAAAUCAAACUUGUCACCCGUGAUGAAGAUAACUCUCUUCAUGUGGCUCCUAAUCCCCUCUAUGUUCCCGUUUCCUUGAAGAGAUAUGGUCUCUCAGAGAUUGUUAACCAUCUCUUGGAGACGGACACUCCUGUUCCAUUUGAGUUCAUUAUAGACGGUACCAUGUUAAAGGGAAGCAUUCAGGAUUAUUUGGUGACUAAGGGUCUUUCAGCUGAAACAUUUCUUACUUUGGAAUACACUAGAGCCGUGCUGCCCCCUAAAUUUCUUGCUAGCUUUAGUAAUGAGGAUUGGGUGUCUGCCAUUGAUUCUAUUGGUACAAUGACCAGUUCUAGUUCCGAUCAGAGCACGGUGACUCCUCCGAAGAUUCUUACAGGCUCGUAUGAUGGUAUAGUGCGUAUCUAUAACAUGCAGGGAAAGGUGGAAACGCAACUUGUUGGUCAUCAACAGCCCAUUAAGGCUGUCAAGUUCUUAAGUCCCACCAGAUUCAUUACUUCUGGUAUCGACCGAACGAUCCGUCUUUGGAAAGCAGGUACCGUUUCCGAUGAAAAUCUCGAUAUGGAUACACAAAAUGGACACACUAUUGCUCUUUUGGACUAUCACAAGUCCACUGUGUCGUCCUUGGCCGUGGAUCUCGGUUCAAGCAGAAUUCUAUCUGGUUCGUAUGAUAAUACUGUGGCUCUAUGGUCUACUAAACCUAAAGAAAUGUCUACAUCUGAUCCUCUAGAGGCUGUUGACUCUCAAGUUCUAUCGUCUGCUUCAAGAAAAAGACUCAAAUUGGCUGUCAGAGACUCUACUCUUAAGAGAAAGAGUCCUCUUGCUGUGUUGGAAUCACAUCGUCAACCUGUUGAAGGCGUUAUUUUUGAUCCUAAGGACUCCACAGUCGGAUAUUCAGUGUCACAGGAUCAUACCAUUAAAACUUGGGAUCUUGUCACGGCAAGAUGCGUCGAUUCGAAACAGACUAACUAUGCUCUUCUCUCCGUGACGGCUUUGAAUAAGCUCAAUCUAUUGGCUACUGGUUCUUCGGCCAGGCAUAUUAAUUUGCAUGACCCAAGAUCGUCAAAGAUCACCAACACACAGCUCAUAGGACACAAAAAUUUUGUCUGCUCAUUGGCAACUCCUUCUGACAACGAGUACAUGUUGCUCUCAGGAUCGCACGAUGGUACCGCAAAAGUGUGGGAUAUCAGAGCCAAUAAGGCCAUCUAUACAAUUACCAGACAAUCCGGCUUGUCACAAAGCAAAGUGUUUGCCGUUGAUUGGGAGAAAGAGAUCGGUAUACUCAGUGGAGGUAGUGAUAAGAAGCUACAGAUCAACUCUGAGGCAGAACUCCGAUAA